AUGGCGAAGCAGGCGUACGCCACGAGCAGCCUCGUGGUCGGGUACGCGCUGUGCUCCAGCCUGCUGGCUAUCAUCAACAAGUACGCCAUCACCAAGUUCAGCUACCCCGGGCUCCUGACCGCCCUGCAGUACCUGACCUCGGUGGUUGGGGUGUGGGUGCUCGGGAAGCUCGGCUUCCUCUGCCACGACGCCUUCAACCUCCAGACCGCCAAGAAGUUUGCGCCGGCCGCGGCUGUCUUCUACCUUGCCAUCUUCACCAACACCCACCUCCUCAAGCACGCAAACGUCGACACGUUCAUCGUAUUCAGGUCCCUGACACCUCUCCUGGUGGCUAUCGCUGACACCACGUUCCGGAAGCAGCCGUGCCCUUCCAAGCUCACAUUCUUGUCCCUCGUGAUCAUUUUGGGAGGCGCGGUCGGCUAUGUGAUGACGGACUCGGCCUUCACCCUCACCGCAUACUCGUGGGCGCUCGCUUACCUCAUCACCAUAACUACUGAGAUGGUGUACAUCAAGCACAUGGUCACCAACUUGGGGCUCAACACCUGGGGCUUUGUGCUCUACAACAAUCUUCUUUCGCUGCUGAUGGCGCCGGUGUUCGGGUUUCUGACAGGGGAGCACUUGUCAGUCUUCAGAGCCAUCGAGUCAAGGGGGCAGAGUUGGUUCGAGCUUGAUUCCUUUGUGGCGGUUGCAUUGUCCUGUGUCUUUGGUCUGCUCAUCAGUUUCUUUGGUUUUGCUGCAAGGAAAGCAAUCUCUGCCACAGCGUUCACAGUGACAGGUGUGGUCAACAAGUUCCUUACGGUUGCAAUCAAUGUGAUGAUCUGGGACAAGCAUGCAAGCACGUUCGGUUUGGUUUGCUUACUCUUCACUCUCACUGGUGGAGUGCUCUAUCAGCAGUCAGUUACAACAAAAGGCAAUUCUUCAGCGCAGCGAGAGGCAGCAGCUAAGCAAGGAAGAGGUGAUGAUGAUGCUGUCGAGUUGGAUGAGGAGAGCCAGAGGCUGGUUUCAUCUCCAAAGGUUAUCUGA